GAAGACACUUCCGGAUGUUUUCAGAUGAGUCUUGUCUCAGCUGAAGCUACAAACGUCCCACGUGUUUGAUGAAGUAUUUGUAUGUUUACAUUUGUAACACAUCACACUCACUCCAGGUCCUUCAGGUCCUUCAGAUCCCUCAGGUCCUUCACCUGGACAAAGACGCGUCACCUGUGAUUGGCCACACCUGUGUGAGCGGAAGCACGUGCUGAUGUGUUGAGUGUGACUCUUGAGGAUGGAAAAGGCCCUCUGCACGCCCCGUGUGUUUGUCGUGCUUCUCUUUGUGCUGCUCAUCACCUGGACGAGCCCCGCGGCCGUGGGACCCCCCCGAGCUGCUGCUAAUGCGGUGCUCUACAACCUGAGCCACUUCACUGAGCACUCGUACGCAAACAUCUUCUCUCCUCUGAUCAAAGCUCUGUCUCAGCACGGAGGCUCGAGGUGGAGCCCAGAUCUGAGGAAGAGGAACAAGCCCGAGCACAAAUACAUCAAAUAUCUGACAGAGGUUUACAAAAGGUCCUCCAGGGAGCAGAGUGCGCAGAGAGAUGGCGCAUACAACACUGUGCGCCUGAUCAAGCCCCAGGACGAGUGUCCUGCUCAGACACAUGAAGGUUUUCUGCAGGAUCUCUCUUAUCGUCUUGAUCAAGUGAGAGAAAAGGAACAGCUCCUAAAAUCCACCCUGUUGUACAGUUUUGACCCUGGUCACGCGGCUCAUGGCUCUGUGUGCCAUGUUUAUAUCAAAGAGCUGAAGCCCUUCGCCCGCUGCCCACUGUGCCCCACACGCAGCGCCCUUCACUCUGUGAACGUCACUGGAGACAGCGGGGUGACCUGGGUGGAGAUCAGUGUUACUCCUUUUCUUCUGCCCUUCCUGAAGUUUCAGAAGAACAGUUUACACCUGCUCAUCAACGUGACCUGUGCAGAGGGGGCAGACGCUGACAGCCACACGCUGGAGUCGGCGCUCCGGUCUCCUCCUCUGCUGCUUUAUCUGAGUGACACCACUAAACUAGUUCACCAAAGGUUCAGCACAGAUAAAGCUGAACAAAAGACAUCUGCUGUGGAAAACAAACUUCAUAAAGAAAUCCUCAAAACCAAACACAGGCUGCUGCACAGACGGAGGUGGAAGAGGAGCUCUUCCAAAAACAAACGAGACAAGAGUCUAAAGUCUCAGUUACCAGAGCUGCUGCCGAGCUCUGAAUUUCCGACCAGUGACUGUGCGCUGUAUGAUUUCAGGGUGCGAUUCAGCCAACUCAAACUGGACCACUGGAUAGUUUUUCCACCUAAGUAUAACCCCAGGUACUGCAGGGGCAUCUGCCCGAGGACUGUUGGGUUUUUCUAUGGGUCACCUGUUCACACCAUGGUACAAAACAUCAUCUACGAGAGGCUGGACUCCUCUGUGCCCCGCCCCUCCUGUGUGCCGUCGCACUACAGCCCUCUCAGUGUGAUGAUCUUUGAGGAGGACGGCUCUUAUGUCUACAAAGAGUUUGAGGACAUGGUGGCGACCCGCUGCACAUGUCGAUGACUGACCUACAAUAAUGAGCCUAUGUUUUGACACAUAAACCGUCUCAAACCAGCACACAUCUUCACUUCUUCUGACGAGGUUCAGUAUUUCAUGAUCAUGACAAAUCAUUUAGCAUAAAGAGCUGCAUCUGGAACAGUUGUGCUAACUUAUACAAAAGUAUUUUAUCCGACUGAAAAACAUGUAGGACUUAUUUCUUUAGUUUGAAUUAUGAGAGUGCAGAUUGCAAAUGCAUCUGUCUGUGCAGGAAAGUCUGCAACAUUUGAAAGAUAUGUGAGGUAUAAUUUGAUUAUUUUAAGUUAUUUUUUGUUAACUUAUUUUGUGGGGUGGUCAUUAUCUUCUAAUUUAAUACAGAAUUCUAUUUUUAAGUUGCCCUGUUCUGGAAACAUGAAAAAGUCACAAACUUGUCUUAAAUCUUUUACACACCAUUUUGUUCCUGGAGGUGACACAGCUGCAGAAUGUCUGCCUGUUUUCAUAAUGUCCUGGAUGAAAGUUGUCAAGGUUUUGUGUGUAUUUAUUCUGGUCACUACGUGACUGUGUACAUAUGUAUCGACUAAAACCCAUUUUGUAAUCUUUGAAUGUGACUAAAUGCUGCCUUAUCUGUUUAUGCAAAAUUAAGGAAUUCACUGUGUCAGUGCUCAGGAACUGUGUAAAGUCCAAUGUAGACAUAUCUACAAGCUGUAAAAUAAAAAGUAGCAUGCAAAUG